AUUUUUGUGUUCCCAGUGACAAAUAUUACUAAAAUUUAAUUAAAAUUAAUGUUUUAAUAUGAAGUUCAUUCUUCUACAUCUAAUCCAUCUGCAGACAAUGAGUAUCGUUCUUCAACUAUGCAAAUAUUCUGUUUUGAACAUGACAUUUGUCCACCGGUGCAACUGUCCUAGGUAGCAUAACUUAUCUUAAAACAACUGUAAUUUAAUGAAAAAUUAAUCUAAAUACAUUAAAAUACUUGAAUGCAUGUCAUACGAGUGUUUACUUAAUGAAUCUAGAGGAUAUAAGUGUUAAGGUCCCUAUGUAGAGUUAUUAUGACACAUUACAUUUUGUCCUCCUGGAGCAACGCCAUGAUGUAGAUAUAAAACAGGCAUUAAUGUGACCACCCCAUUACUGAGAGGGGUCCUUCCAGAAUCAGGAAGGACAGAAGACAUCUCUGGAGCAGGUGGACUGCACACAAGAUCGCUUCUGUCUCAAAUAUUUUCAUAAUAUUACUAUUUCCAUGCAGUGUUGGAACUGGUCGUCUUAAGAUUAAAGGGUCUCCAGAGGAGGAAACUCCCCGCCCGGUGGUCCAUCAUGGCGGACAUUAAGAAUUUCCUGUACGCCUGGUGCGGGAAGAAGAAGCUGACUCCCAGCUACGACAUCCGAGCUGCAGGGAACAAGAACCGCCAGAAGUUUAUGUGUGAGGUCCGAGUCGACAGCUACAACUACACCGGGAUGGGAAACUCCACCAACAAGAAGGACGCUCAGACCAAUGCCGCCAGAGACUUCGUCAACUACCUGGUCCGCAUCGGGGAGAUGAACGCAGCGGAGGUCCCGGCUAUGGGGGUGAGCGCUGCAGCUGGAGACCAGAUGGAUGCAGGAGGAGCAGGAGGAGGAGGAGGAGGAGGAGCAGCAGACGGCGGCUUUGGGAGCCUCCCCUCCAGCGGCCCUCUGCCCCCUCACCUCGUAGUCAAAGCUGAAAAAGAUGAGGGUGGCCUCAGCAGCGGGCCAGUACCAGGAGUCACUGGCCUGGGAUACUCAGGAGGAGGGAGCUCUGGGUGGGGAGGAGGACCAGGAGGAGGAGCAGGAGGAGGAGGAGGAGAGGGAGGAGCUCAGUGGGACCGAGGAGCCAACCUGAAGGAGUACUACGCCAGGAGAGACGAACAGGAGGCUCAGGCGACUCUGGAGUCGGAGGAGGUGGACCUGAACGCCAACCUUCAUGGUAACUGGACUCUGGAGAACGCCAAGGCCCGUCUGAACCAGUUCUUCCAGAAGGAGAAAACCAGCGCUGAGUAUAAAUACAGCCAAGUGGGACCGGACCACAACAGGAGCUUCAUCGCUGAGAUGCAGCUGUUUGUCAGGCAGCUCGGCAGAAGGAUCACGUCUCGAGAGCACGGCUCCAACAAGAAGCUGGCGGCCCAGUCGUGUGCUCUGUCUCUGGUCCGACAGCUGUACCACCUCGGGGUGCUGGAGGCGUACUCGGGCGUCACCAAGAAGAAGGAUGGAGAGACUCUGGAGGUGUACGACGUCAACGUGUCUCCUGAGCUGCAGCAGCAGCUGGCCAACGUGGUCCAAGAGAUCGGAGUCCACAUCCCCCCACCCCCUGCAGACCCCUCCAACAAGGUGUCUCUGGUUCAGGGGAAGAUUGCGACGUUUGAGCCGUCUCAGCGUCAGAGCGUGUCCGGGGUCGUGCCCUGGUCGCCCCCACAGGUCAACUGGAACCCCUGGACCAGCAGCAACAUCGACGAGGGACCACUGGCCUUCUGCACUCCGGAGCAGAUCAACAGCGAUCUGCACAGUGAGCUGAUGUACCAGCUGGACCACGACGACAACCUGCAGAAGAUCCUGUCGGAUCGCGACCAGCUGCCCGUCAAACAGUUCGAGGAGGAGAUCAUGACGACCGUUGACCAGCACGCCGUGGUGAUCAUCAGAGGAGCGACGGGCUGCGGGAAAACCACGCAGGUUCCUCAGUUCAUCCUGGACCGCUUCAUCAAAAGAGGAGCAGCGUCCGACUGCAACAUCGUCGUCACUCAGCCGCGGAGGAUCAGCGCUGUGUCGGUGGCCGAGCGAGUCGCCUACGAGAGAGGAGAGGAUGUCGGGAAAAGCUGCGGCUACAGCGUCCGCUUCGAGUCCAUCCUGCCCCGACCGCACGCCAGCGUCCUCUUCUGCACUGUCGGUGUUUUGCUGCGGAAGCUUGAAGCAGGAAUCAGAGGCAUCAGUCACGUUAUCGUCGACGAGAUCCACGAGAGAGACAUCAAUACGGACUUCCUGAUGGUAGUCCUCAGAGACGUGGUCCAGGCCUACCCAGAGGUCCGCAUCAUCCUCAUGUCAGCCACCAUCGACACCACCAUGUUCAGAGAAUACUUCUUCAACGCCCCCAUCAUCGAGGUGUUCGGACGCACCUUCCCUGUGCAAGAGUAUUUCCUGGAAGACUGCAUCCAGAUGACCAACUUCGUCCCUCCGCCGAUGGACCGCAAGAAGAAAGACAAAGACGAGGAGGGAGGAGACGAAGAUACGAACUGUAAUGUGAUUUGUGGGCCGGACUACACGCCAGAGACGAAGCGAUCUAUGGCUCAGAUUAACGAGAAGGAGACGUCCUUCGAGCUGGUCGAGGCUCUGCUGAGGUACAUCGAGACGCUGCAGGUGGCCGGAGCCGUGCUCAUCUUCCUGCCCGGCUGGAACCUCAUCUACUCCAUGCAGAGACACCUGGAGACAAACCCGCACUUUGGAAGUAACCGGUACCGGAUCCUGCCGCUCCACUCACAGAUCCCCCGUGACGAGCAGAGGAGGGUGUUUGAACCAGUUCCUGACAACAUCCGGAAGGUGAUUCUGUCCACCAACAUCGCAGAGACGAGCAUCACCAUCAACGACGUCGUCUACGUCAUCGACUCAUGCAAGCAGAAGGUGAAGCUCUUCACCUCCCACAACAACAUGACCAACUACGCCACCGUCUGGGCCUCCAAGACCAACCUGGAGCAGAGGAAGGGCCGAGCCGGCAGAGUGCGGGCCGGAUUCUGCUUCCACCUCUGCAGCCACGCUCGCUUCGAGAGGCUGGAGACUCACAUGACUCCAGAGAUCUUCAGGACGCCGCUGCACGAAGUCGCUCUGAGCAUCAAGCUGCUGAGACUCGGAGCCAUCGGACACUUCCUGUCCAAGGCCAUUGAGCCGCCACCGCUGGACGCCGUCAUCGAGGCCGAACACACUCUGAAGGAACUGGAUGCUCUGGACACUAACGAUGAGUUGACUCCUCUGGGACGGAUUCUGGCUCGGCUGCCCAUCGAACCUCGACUGGGGAAGAUGAUGAUCAUGGGCUGCAUCUUCCAUGUUGGAGAUGCGAUGUGCACCAUCUCUGCUGCUUCCUGUUUCCCGGAGCCUUUCAUCAACGAGGGGAAGCGUCUCGGCUUCGUCCACAGGAACUUCUCCGGCAGCCGAUUCUCCGACCAUGUGGCUCUGCUGUCCGUCUUCCAGGCUUGGGACGACGUCAGGAUAAACGGUGAGGAGGCAGAGAAUCGUUUCUGUGAACACAAACGUCUCAACAUGUCCACUCUGAGGAUGACCUGGGAGGCAAAAGUCCAGCUGAAGGAGAUCCUGGUCAACGCUGGAUUUCCUGAAGAGUGUCUGAUGACUCAGAUGUUCAACACCAUCGGACCGGACAACAACCUGGACGUGGUGAUUUCUCUGGUGACCUUCGGCUCGUAUCCCAACGUCUGCUACCACAAAGAGAAGAGGAAGAUCCUGACCACGGAGGGACGCAACGCCCUCAUCCACAAGUCCUCCGUCAACUGCCCCUUCAGCAGCCACGACAUGACCUACCCCUCGCCCUUCUUUGUCUUCAGCGAGAAGAUUCGAACCCGGGCGAUCUCGGCUAAAGGGAUGACGCUGGUCAGUCCUCUGCAGCUGCUGCUGUUCGCCUGCAAGAAGAUCGCCUCCGACGGAGACGUGGUGGAGCUCGACGAAUGGAUCAAACUGAGGAUUCCUCACGAGGUGGCGGGCGGUAUCGCCGCCCUGCGGGCCGGGCUGGAGGCUCUGGUGGUGGAGGUGACCAAAGACCCAGAAUACAUCCGACAGAUGGACCAGACCAACACGCAGCUGCUCAACAUCAUUAGACUGAUGUCCAAACCAACCGCCGCCGGACUCAACAUGAUGGCUAACAACCAGAGGAUGGGAGACGGUCCUCGACCUCCAAAGAUGGCACGCUUUGACGGGGGAGGAGGCGGAGGAGGAGGCUAUCAGAGAGGAGGAGGUUACCGAGGAGGAGGUGGAGGCUACAGAGGAGGUGGAGGAGGAUACGGAGGAGGAGGAGGAGGGUACAGGGGAGGCGGGGGUUACAGGGGUGGUGGAGGCUACAGAGGAGGAGGUGGAUACGGAGGAGGAGGAGGAGGAGGCUACAGAGGAGGAGGAGGUGGAGGAGGAUACAGGGGAGGAGGAGGAGGUGGAUACAGAGGAGGAGGAGGAGGGUACAGAGGAGGUUAUUAACCUCCUGUUUUCUUUCAACGAGUCGAUCUGCUCUGGAUUCUUUAGUUUCCUUCCCACAAUGUAACAUCAUGUUGCUGAUCGCUGACGUAGAAAAUGUGAUUCUGGAAGAAAAAUGUCUUAUUUCUGCUUUUAGAAACCACCAUGUGAUCUUGUGAUUCUGUAUCUGUUUGAUGUUGAUCAUUUUUAACUUUGCCACCAAUAAAAAGUUCAGAUCUC